ACUGGAAAGUUCCCUUGUUCCCUGCCAGGUAGUGAUUCGAAGAUGUCCGUUGGCCUAUGUCGUGAGCCUCUUGAUUCCUAGCAUCUUCCUGAUGCUCGUAGACCUGGGAAGUUUCUACUUGCCCCCCAACUGCCGUGCAAGAAUUGUGUUCAAGACCAAUGUGCUGGUGGGCUAUACAGUCUUCAAGGUCAACAUGUCUGAUGAGGUGCCAAGAAGCGCAGGGUGCACGUCUCUGAUUGGGGUCUUCUUUACCGUCUGCAUGGCCCUCCUGGUUCUCAGUUUGUCCAAAUCCAUCUUGUUGAUCAAAUUCCUCUAUGAGGAGUGGCACAGUGGGCAAGAACAGCCUCUUAUGUGCCUUCGAGGGGACUCCGAUGCCAAUGAGUCUAGAUCGUACCUCAGGGCUCCAAGUGCUGAGGCCACAGAGUCCCCGGUCGGUCAGGAACACCAGAUCCCAUCAGAUACUCUGAAGAAUUUCUGGUUCCAGCUCCAAACCAUCAACAAGUCUCUCCGAACUCGGGAUCAGGUUUACCAGAGGGAGGUGGAAUGGCUCGCCAUCCUGUACCACUUUGAUCAGCUGCUCUUCCGAAUCUACCUUGCCGUGCUGGGGCUCUAUACUGUCACCUUAUGCUCUCUCUGGGCACUGUGGAGCAGGAUGUGACAAUGGAGACUGCUGGUCUCACUUUAUAUGGAGUCACCACAUGUAGGGAAAGCUGAACAGUGGAGAGGGUUUGAAAAGGAAGGGGUGGGUAGGUUUUAAAAAAAAAAAAACGCCUGCAGGAGGCUAUUGUUUCUUUUCAGUGACUACAGACACAAGCAUCUUAUUUGCUAGUGACUAAACCAGUAAACAUAUAUGUCCAUAAUAAAGAUGUAUAAAUAGAAUAGAGCAUGCAGCAGCAAGCAAUCUUUCACCCUCUCUGAACCAUCAGCAACUGCACACACUUGGGUUUAAGCAAAAAUAGUUUGUUUUUAGAUUUUUGAAGCCGGGUCUCUUAUAGUCCAGGCUAACCUUGAACCCCUGAUACUCUAGCCUCUACCUUCCAAGUGCUAAGAUUGCAUAUAUUGUGCUACCACACCCAGAAUAUGUCGUUUGAUAUAUUAUGCUUCAACAGUCUAUAUGGUAAGCCAAGUCAACUUGGCUUAAGCCCUGCUCAAACCAGCUUAAAUCCCCCAGGGUCAUCAAUACAUGGCUCUAUCUCCUCAAUUCUGUCUUUGGUCUCAUGUUGCCUUAUAUCCUCCCCUUAAAUAUUUGGUAGCCUCUUUAACGCAUGAGUGUAUAUGAGGAGAAAGAGGGAAAAACAGAUGAUAGACAGACAGACAGACAGACAGUCAGUCAGACAGUCAGAGAGAGAUUAUCCAAUAGGCCACAUGCUUCCAGCCCCUGACACUGUGCCUGGUUCUAUCCCUGUUCAUUUAGGAAACCUCAGACUUCACUUCAGUUUGCCUUAUUUAAAACAGGGGCUGUUAAUAUUUACUCUCUCUAUAUCAUAGACUUAUGAGGGCAAAAUCAAGCCAAUAGCUCAAUGGCAUCUUGAAAAGUACAUAAUAGAUGACGAAAAUAAAUUUGAGACUUGCCUGCUA